GUUCGGGAAAAAACGGGGCUGCUUUGUCGGAUGGCGACACAAUAGAAGAGAAGUUGGGGAAGCUGAAGUCGCUCGCCAAGAUAGUGGGUCAUAAGAAAAACAGGCGUUCAGCGAGGUUGGUCGCCGUUUUUACGAUGCUUGUGUUGUUUGUUCCUAUAUUGACUUUUUACAUGUUUGAAGCUUUGAGUUCAAAGAGUGCGGUUCUUCACGGCGUGUUUGGGGAUGACAGCCUCGUGGGUGGGAUUGCGGCGGUGGUCGCGCUGAACUCGAUAGUGCUUGCGUUUAUGGUGCUGGCCGUUACGGAAAAGGGGUUGUCCGACAGGGCGUUUCGCUAGGGGUGGUGGUGAGCGGCGGGGCGUGCUUUGCGAGGGGAGUUGAGUUUGGAAACACACAAAAAAUAAAAAAAAGCAUUUUUAUUUUGCAUCUGAGCGGGAGAGACGUCACGCCGACUGAUGCCUUCAGAGGGGCAUGGUGUUGUUUGAGAGCAUUGGGCGCGGUAGCGUCUACUGGGGGGGGGUUGGUGGGUCGCGAGGCGGGAUGGCGUUCCGCCGGCCUCGAAUUGGGUUGCGCGGCUUGCCGGGUGGGCGGUCGGGGGUGCGAGUGGAGUUUCGCCUGUUUUCCGGCUCGCCCGCGACGUGGUUCAAGAAGAGGUGGUGGAGAGAGCUGGAGGCCAGGGUGAGGGAGAACGAGGUGGGCAUAGAGCACAUGCACAGCGAGUUGAUACGUCUCGCGCAAGAGGACGUGUACCAGAUAAAGCGGAAGAUGCUGAAGGAGAUUGAUCGCGAGGCCGAGAGCAACGAGGAGGAGGGCUUCAACAUGUCGCUUGCCUUGGAGGAGGUGGCGAGCGGCGAGUCGGCGAGAGAGGGCUCCGGUCCGAGAGACGUCGACGCGCUCGCGCUCAAGGUGUACAUGGACGUGGUUGACAGGGAGAGGCACGCGGCGGAGUAUCCGUCGCCGGAGGAGAGAGAGAGCAAUCCCGUGUUUUAUACGUUUCCGUACGUGGCAAGGGAGCUGACAGAGGAGGAUAGAGAGGAGCAAGAGAAGUUUAUCCGGAAGAGGCGGCAAGAAAAUUACGUCGCGCUUCGAAAGGACGCGAGUCAGAAGGCGGAUUUUUUGCGCGAGUGGGUGGAGCGGCUGGUGCGUUCCUCAGAGUUAGAGGUGGAGCUGCCCAGCUUGGCGCAAAUAGAGGAGUACCUGAGAAGCAGGGUGGAUAGGUACAAGAAGGAGUUCGAUCCCGACGUCGAAUCGGAGUCGUCCGCGUCUAGAGAGGAGAUGGUCGGGUACAUGAUUGCGUUGGCGCGCACGGCGCCUCUUUUAUUCAGGGUUGACAUGGAGCUGCACUACGUCGGCAGAACGCGGAAGUCGGUUUGGAGGGAUAUUUUUCGGUCGGUAAAGGUUUUUGCGAGUCCCGAACGGGAGGCGGCUAUGAAGGAGCGCUUCGACGAGAUGAUCAAGAGCGCGGAGGCGAUAGCCGAGUUGCUGCGGGAGAAGACGAAGGAGGAGGAGGAGGAGUGCAGAAUGCGGGCCGAGGAGAGGGGAAGGAGGGAUUACAGAAAGAAUGAGCUGAGAAAAUUGGCAGAAGUGGUUUAUAACUACAAUUCGAGUCGCUACAUCAAGCAGCAGAAGGUGCCGAAGCCGAACGACAAUUAUUUCCUUGAGUAUCGGGUACUGGCGGUCGAGAAGUGGUAUGAGAGCGUUAUCGACACGGACAUGCACAGCUUGGACGCCGCCGUCGUGCUAGAUUUGCUGUUUCCCACCGGUCCGUCGGUGACGACGCCAUCGAUCUGGCGCAUAUUGCCCAACUAUCUGUGCAUGAUGCCUCCGCACGGCAGGAUUGAAUUGUUCAAGUUGCUGCCGGAGUUUCGCACUUUCACGUACUUGAAGACGAUCGACAUGCCAAAGUCGUUCUACAAGCGCGUUGCGGGCGAUAUGGUCAAGGCGGUCGCGCUGGGGAAGACGCACGUGGUGUUCUUCACGCUGUCUCGUUCCGCGCGCGUGAGGGCCGAUUCGGCCAAGAACAGGUGUUGGAUGUCAAAGACAACGGAGCUGAGUCGCGACCGCUGCGUGCGGCUAGAGGCGCCGCCGCUGAUUGCGUUCACCCCGUUCUCGCUGAGGGGGAGCGCAUUUGUCUUAGGGGUGUCGUCGGCGAGCCAAGAGCGUCACGAGCUGUUCGCGCUCAGGUGGAACUACAAAAAAAAAUCCUAUUCUUGGCAGCAAGUUUCAGUUUCUCUUUUGCCUCCCGUGUACCUACCUGGCGAGCGCCGGCCCGAGGCGUCCGGGCUCAGCGACUGGGUCGUCGACGGGAUCGCUCAGGUCUGCAAGUCGGCGGAUGAGUCGGAGCUGUACCUUCACUACCCUACAGCGCGAGGGAUAUGUGUGUUGAUUGUGAACACAGAAACUUGGCAGGCCGAAGAAGUGGCCAGCGACUUUCCGGCCACUUGGGGGGCCAACGUCAUCGCCACGGAUGACAACAGACUCCUGGCGGUGGGGGGAAUGCACGAGGGCCGGGCCGUUCCGUGGAUUCGGUUUUUCGACCUCAAGGCCAGGACGUGGCAGCUGGCGCACAGUUAUCACGAGCGGUACAACAAGCCGUUUCAUUCGUACGGCGGGAUUUUCAGGGUCGGCGAAGGGUGCUACGGGACCGUCGGGGGGUACCACAGGGUUUCGCUUCCCUUGCUCGAGCCCGCGCAGCCCCUGGGCAUGAUUUGGAGCAUCAAAACGGUCUCGGACACGGAGUACUACGCGAGGCUGCUUGGCUCGAGCGCGCCGGCCGACGACGACUCGGAGGGCGCGGUGCUCGGCCGGCUCGCGGAGGCUUCCGACUUGCCGCCUUCGCUGAGGAGGAAGUUGGUCCCGCGAGGUGGCGCCGAAGAGGGCCUCGCGUAGGCGUCGAGGAGGAGGAGGGUGCCGGAAGCGCGCAAAUGUCAAAAACAGAAAAAAAAAAAAAAUGUAGUCGGGUGUUCCGAGUAUCGCCGACACGCGCGAGGG